CUUGUCUUGUCUCUGUAUGUUUUUCGACGAAUGAAUUCGGCUGUCCGCCCGUUCUCCUUGGCGAUGCUGACUUUGAUGGUGCGUCCAAACAGCUCCUUCAUGUUGAGAGCCGAAAUGGCCUUGUGAGCCGCCGUCCGCUCAAUGUAGAGAACGAACGCCACUCCCUUGCUCUCCCGCGUUUCUUUGUCUCUCACUAUGGUAACCCUGUUGUGUUGUCACGUGGAAAUCAUGUGACAAUCACGUGACAAUGUAAAAUAUCAUCACCUACUUUGCCACCUUUCCAUACUUGUCGAAUAUCUGGCAAUUUACAGUGGGUAAAAAGGAGCGAAAAUCGACUCUUUUUGUGAAGGCUUACUUGGUGUAGGUCGUUGUUGGUCAACUCAUACGGAAGAUUACUGGCGUAUACGGUGCUCUUACUCGGAGCCAGUCCCCCACUCAUGUUUGGUUGAGAGACAAGCUGAACUCUUGUGUACUUUGGCCUUUGGACCCGUGUGGUGAGAGGUGGAUUUGGCGCCAAGCGGUGGCCAUGUCAACGGUCGAGGAGGAGACGGAGGGUUCCUCGGAGAGGGAAAGCGGCAACGAAAACUUCGAGAGAGGCAUCCUGCGCAACGGUAGGAGGUACACCAACGUGUUCAAGCGCAUAUACCUCAAGUACGACCGAGAGUUCGACAGCGACGAGUCGGCAGGAGAGAUUCUGAGCGAUUUGGAAGGUUUUGCCGAGGACGAAGAAGAGAUAAACAGACAACAAAGAAAGCAGCUGCCACCAUGUCUCCUGCCAAGCCCUGCGUUGUCCUCGGAUUCAGAAGAAGACCAGGAACUAACUGCCCUCCUUCACCAGAAAGUCGUCAAGGUGAAGAAAGAGAUAUGCUGGGACGAAGAGGAGGAGAAACUGAGAAAAAAGAGUCAGUUGAAGAAGGUAGUGCGAGCAGACUAUUCGUCUUCCGAUGCUGAAAGUGAAACCAGUGACAGUGAGGGAACUCGCAGACCAAUACGACCGAGGAGGAGGAGGAGGAGGAGGAGGAAACAGUGGAAGAAAGGUUGUGGGUGGGUUUAUCUUGAUGGCGGUGAUGUCUCGGAGACUUUGUACGAGACGGAGUAUCCGUCGGAGUGUGACCCCUCACAGGUACAGUCUGAGCCGGAGGAAGUGGGGUGGAGUACCCCACCACCCCGACUGGAGUUACCCCGUGUUGCUUACUCCACACCCCGUGCACCCAAACAUCUCCGCCGGCACUCUGCAGGGUUCACGGACGAAGCCAUCAUCGAACUGGGCAAGAGACUCUCUGCCCCAAUCGCUGAACUGGGCAAGAGGCUCGCUGCCCCGAUUACUGAAAUGGGCAAGACGCUUUCUGACCCUGUUGCUGAACUAGACAAAACGCUACCCGUCCCAACUGCAAAACGGGACCCAAUUGCCGAAGAGGACAAAAUGCUACCUGUCCCGAUUGCCAAUCAGGACACCCCGAGGACCGAUGAAGGCAGCGACUUUGACAGCGGUGGAUUUGUGAGUGGUUAUGAUUCUGCGAGUGAGUACCUCAGUGGCCCGGGAGAAUGCCUUCAACAACGCGACCCAAACUCCGAUUCGGACAAUCUCGAAUACAUUGGUUCCCCCAAUUUCCCCCUGGUGGGCACUGGCCCCGGGUCCCCCGAACUCCUCCCUCCCCCUCUGCCCCUCUCACCAAGCCGGUUUGACGAGAACUUCCCUGUAAUUAGCGAAAACCAUCCGCAGGGCACCGACCGUGGAGGGAAUGGAAGAAAUUUGCAAGAUUUAAACAAGUGUGCAUCACCUAAAACUGAUGAGAGAUCAUGUGAUGGACCACGUGAUCCUCAUGUGACCUCACCAACUGGCAACACGUAUACCAACAUAACUUACGUCACCUAUUGCACAGGUGGUACCAGCCAUUCCUCCUGUUCUACUUGUUACAUGCCGCAAUGUUACCAUUCCUCUCAUCACCACCCUCACCGAUAUCCCUACUGUCACCACCCACCACCCUCACACUUCUCUUCAGCUCCUAGUACUACCACGUGCAACUACUGUCCUCUGGAAGCUGUCGUUAAUCGGGCCAGUCCCGAUAACAUCCACAAACUGGUCGAUCCUGAUUCGGUUCAAAUUCUGGUCAACCCGGAAAUUUUCCGUAAUCUGGUCGAUUUUGAAACCGUCCGCAAAGCGGUCGACCCGGAAUCUGUCCCAUAUACGGUAAAUCCGGAAGCUGUGAAUACCCAAGCAAAGAAAAGAAAGCUGGACAUUGAACAGUCUGACCCAUUGCCUAAUGGGACAGAGCCGCCACCAAAGAAACAAUGCUACUAGAUCUGUCACUCAUUAUUAUUAAUCUUCUUUCUUUAAAUACGUCAAAAAUGAAAUUGAAAAGUCUAAAAAGUAGUUAGAGAGCAGUUGUAGUGACGUGAGGGCUGCUCUCUCUCUCCAUGGUAACCAGCUCGGCCACCAUUUCCUUACACCAGGUAUCCAUGGUAACCUUGGCUAGGUUGUCAGGAACAACUGGAAAU